CACAAGUCUCCAGCAGAGCAAACGGACCCUAUCGCCGUCCCCAAUUUUCGCCGCCUUGCAUUUUGCUGCCCUCGAAUCGUCGAACAGAACAAUGGCGGCGUCGUCUGCCUCCGCCCGCCUCCAUCUUCCCCUCGCCAGGCUCGAACCCUCUCUUCUUCGUCCUCCCCCGACGAGCGCUUGCAAUUGCUACUUCUCCGUCUCCUACUCGCUCUCUCUUAAACCCUCGUCGUCGUCCAUCUUUCUCAAACCCCUCCUCCUUCCCCGAUCCCUUCGCUCCAAGCCCCUCAAGAGCCGGGCCCCUAGAUCUAGCGCCUUCACGUGCCUCUUCACCGGCAUCGUGGAGGAGAUGGGCCACGUCGAGCGCCUCGGCCCCUCCGGGGACGAUGACGGCGGCAUCGAGAUGCGCAUCGCCGCGAGUACCGUCCUCGAAGGCGUCCAGCUCGGUGACAGUAUCGCCGUCAACGGCACCUGCCUCACCGUGUCCCACUUCGACCCCGGCGCCUCCACCUUCACCGUCGGCCUCUCGCCGGAGACCCUCCGCCGGACCGCCCUCGGUGAGGUCGGCCUCGGGUCCCCCGUCAACCUCGAGCGCUCCCUGCAGCCGAUAUCGCGGAUGGGCGGCCACAUCGUGCAGGGCCACGUCGACGGCACCGGCGAGAUCGCGUCCUUCGUGCCCGAGGGGGACUCGCUGUGGGUGAAAGUGCGGGCCACGCCGGAGCUGCUGCGCUACGUCGUGCCCAAGGGGUUCAUCGCGGUGGACGGGACGAGCCUGACGGUGGUGAAGGUGUACGAGGAGGAGGGGUGCUUCGACUUCAUGUUGGUGGCCUACACACAGCAGAAGGUGGUGAUCCCGCUGAAGAAGGUCGGGGAUAAGGUGAACUUGGAGGUAGAUAUACUCGGCAAGUACGUCGAGAAGCUUCUUAGAGGCAGAUUCGAUGAUCAUUCCGCUGCUAUUACUUCUUGAUAGGAAACGGGAGGAGUUCAAAGGCAAGAGGCAUCAACAUAAGCAAGCGUCCAACCCGAACAUUUUAACAAGUGUGAGACUAAUGCUGCCGAUCUUUACCAAGGAUAGUUUCACAAGACGACACUACUACCUUCUAUGAGGAACAUGAUUGAUUUAUGACUAUUACUUGUUCUUGAACACGAUAUUAUGCUUCUGUCAUUCUAUAGUCUAACAAUGUAUGCUAUGCCUGUUGUGGUUCUUCAAAACUGGGUUUUGUCUGUCUUCUCUUCUUUGAACUUUUAUUACAACUAUACAUAAAGCUUCACG